GGGGCCGGUGGUGUAGCGGGUCGCCUAGGCUGCACUGGCCGCUGUCGGUGUGAGGUGGACGGGCACUUGUACCGGGUUGACUGCUCGGACCUGGGACUCCUGGAGGCACCGAGAAACCUGAGCGUCUUCACCUCGUACCUGGACCUCAGUAUGAACCACCUGACCGUGUUGACCAGUGGAGGUCUGUCCAGACUGCACUUCCUGGAAGAGCUACGUUUGGCAGGAAACGACUUGACGUGGAUCAAGAGAGGAGCGUUCUCCGGCCUCCACAACCUCAGAGUACUGUGAGUACACACUGAGUACACACUGAGUACACACUGCUGUGGAUCAGUGGACACCACGUCAUCCCUACAAAACCGUCUGGACGCCAACCACAUCUCCAGCGUUCCCGUUGGAUGUUUCUCUGCUCUGGGUUUCCUCCGUCACCUGUGGUUGGAUGACAACGCUCUGACUGAAGUACCCGUGGCGCCCCUCCAGGAUCUGCCCGCCCUCCAGGCCGUCACCCUGGCCCUCAACCACAUCACCCAUGUCCCCGAUGGUGCCUUCAGGAAACUGCGCCACCUGGUGGUGCUUCAUCUCAACAACAACAGGAUCGUCUCCAUGGGAACCAACUGCUUCCAUGGACUCCACAGUUUAGAAACACUAGAUUUGAACUUCAACAGACUGGUGGAGUUCCCUGCGGCCCUUGGUUCCCUCGGCCUCCUGAAGGAACUGAGUUUCCAUAACAACAACAUCAAGUCCAUCCCGGAGCACGCUUUCUCUGGAAACCCGUCUCUGACCACCGUACAUUUCUACGACAACCCCAUUGCCUCUGUUGGUACCUCAGCGUUCCAGAACCUUCCAGAACUUCGGUCGUUGUCUCUGAAUGGAGCAGCAGAUCUGACCCAGUUCCCAGACCUGACAGGAACCAAAAGUCUGGAGAGUCUAACCAUUACAGGGACCCAGAUCAGUUCUCUGCCCCCCACAGUGUGUGAAAACCUCCCAAAGCUGCAAGUACUAGAUCUCUCCUCUAAUCAGAUCCAGACUCUUCCCAGUUUCUCUGGUUGUGAGAACAUCCAGAAGAUUGACCUGCACCAUAACCAGGUGGUGGCGCUCCAGGAGAACACGUUCUAUGGUCUGAAGUCUCUCACCUCUGUUGACCUGUCGUGGAACCGACUCCAGUGGGUGUGGCCAAACUCCCUCUCCUCCCUCCCUGCUCUCACCAGACUGGACCUGUCGUCCAAUCAGCUCACGUCUCUGCCUGUAAACGGUCUGCAGACUGUGACUCACCUGCGAUUGGCUGGAAACGAUCAGCUGACGGAGUUAAUAGACCCGGAGCAUCUGCCCCGAGUCAGGGUGAUGGAGCUCCCCAACGCCUUCCAGUGCUGCGCCUUCAUCUCCUGUCAGGGGGGAGGAGGGGGAGGAGGGGGAGGGUUGGUCUGGGAAAGAGAGGACUUCGCAGGAAGAGACAGCACCGAGGUCUCCAGUCCAGUGGAUCAGAACUGGGACAAAGUUCUAGUGGAGUUCCAUGAAGAACCCAAACCUCAGCACCCGGUCCACUGCACCCCUGCACCAGGUCCGUUCCGUCCAUGUGACCAUCUGUUUGGCAGCUGGUUGGUCCGUGUUGGCGUCUGGGUUAUCGUCGCAGUCUCGUUGGUCAGCAACUGCCUCGUUGUGCUCUCGAUCUUCUUCUCCCCCACCGGUUUGGUCACGCCCCCUAGGCUCCUGAUUGGUCUCCUGGCUGUGGUGAACAGCCUGAUGGGAGUGUGGUGCGGCUGGUUAGCAGCAGUCGAUGCCUGGACCUUUGGGAACUUCUGGAGGUACGGCUCCAGGUGGGAGAGCAGCGUCCUGUGUCGCCUCAGUGGCUCCCUGUUUGUGUUUGCGUCCCAGACUAGUCUCUUCCUGCUAACAGUCGCUGUGCUAGAACGAUACCUGACCUCCAACAGUCGGCACCAACAAAGUCUGACGUCGCACUCUUUCUUCGUAGGUCACUCCUCUUCACAGAUUUUCAUCCGUCUCUCCGUCCUCCUGUGUUUCCUGUUGGGUUUGGCUGUGACUGUGCCUCCCCUAGUGGCAGGCCAUGGUAGCACCUCCCUCUGCCUUCCGCUGGCCUCCUCCUCACCCGGCCUGGCGUCCUCAGUCUUUCUUGUGCUGGUGGACUCGCUGUGUCUCCUGGUCAUGACGAUUGUCUACACCUGUCUCUACUGCAGCUCCCACAGAGCUCCUCCCCCGGAGGAGGAGGCGGCGUUGACGCGUCACAUCGCCUGGCUGCUCUUCGCUGACUGCCUUCUUCUCGUCCCAGUGGCCUUCCUCUCUUCUUCAUCCCUGUUACGCCUCCCAGUGGCCGGGCCAGAAGCUGCAAAAGCAAUGCUACUCCUGGUGGCGCCGCUGCCCGCGUGCGUCAACCCUCUCCUCUUCCUCCUCUUCAACCCAGUGGCCAGAGAGGAGCUGGCAGCACUGGUCAAAUGCCCUGGUGGUGGAGUGGUAAAACUACAAAGACAAGGCCCCACCAACGAUGAAGACGCAGAGAAGCAGUCAUGUGACUCGACCCAGGCCCUGGUCGCACACGGUCGUUCCAAGGAGGAAGAAGAGGAAGAGGAGCGACAAAGAAUUCUGACUAAAUCUCUUCAUCUGGUGCGAUAGUCGAUCACAGAGCCACCGAUCUGACCGGCUGGCCGUCAGGUGGUCCCAGACCCCCGCCCCCCGUGUUGGACCGAUGUUCUGACUUCAGAAGAACCACGCUGAGCUAAUCCAGAAUUUAGAAACAGGCUGGUGAACAACAAUCUUUUGGCUGAUCGUUAGCUAUAUUUUAGUUAUAGUUUUAGUUAUAUUUUGGCUGACUGUUACCUAGUUUGGUCGAGGCUUUUAAUAAAUCAAACAAAUAAAACAUCAAAUAAAUACCAGUGAUCGCAGGAGUUUAUAUUUAAUACCCAGUUGUUUCUGUUUUCUUUCUUUCCUUGUAUUCCCUGAAUAUAUUUAAUUACCUUGGAAACUCAAACCCUCUCCACUCAGAUAAAGUAACCCUGACCUUUGACCUGACCCGAGCCUGAAGGUCAAGUCUGUUUUAUUCUGAUGGUGCAAAAUACUCAAACACGCCACCAAAUGUUCGAGCUAACGCUGUUUACGCCGCCUGUGUUUGGACUGACGGGUCAGUGUGAGAACUGGCGCCGCGGCGUGACUUCUGUCAUCGAGCCUCCAACAUCGAGCCUGUCUGUUCACGGCCCAGUCCGUGUGGGGAGGACCAGAGGUCAAGGAGUGGACCAGUCACAUGACCACAAAGUUACUGAGACGCUGGUCUGGUCUCCUGGACUCAAGGACCACCUGGAAAAGGGUUCAAGGCCCAUGGUCACCAGAUUCACACCGCAGCCCAACUUUGGCCUGUGCUGCCACCUGCUGGUAUAGGCGUUAAAUACAUUUAUUUUUCUGUUUAGUUUAGUUGGUUUAACUGUUUGUUGAUUUAAGAUCAAAUAGUUAAAAAUCCAAACAAAACAAAUUCACAGAAGAUGAACAUUUUAUUUUUUUAAAAACACAAAGUUAGAUAUAAAAACACUUUGAUCUGAUUGGUUAACAGUGGUUUGAGCUUUUGUUAAAUUCAAACCGUCCUCGGAGGAAGUCGGUGAUUUUAGCUCUCGGCCCAGUGCUGCCUCCUGUGGUCGGGUUUUGACCACACACUUCACUGUUGUGUUGGUGUGGGCCGUACGCCUGGGGUUGUGGGUUGAAAUCCAGAUCCGGUUGAAGCUGGACAGAAUGCUGUGUCACAGGAGGAUUAAGACGACUUCCUGUGUGUGACCUGAUCUAGGUCACACACACACACACACACACACACACACACACACACACACACAGAUAUAAUGACAUAACUAUGACAACUGUCUAACUAACCCUAAUCCUAAUCCUAACUUGUCUAACCCUAAUUCCAAACUGAUCCUCGACCUCAAACUGUCUGUCCCUCAGU